AUGUACAUAAAGACGUUAACAAUCCAGGGAUUCAAAUCCUAUCGUGAUCAAACGCAAAUUGAACCCUUUUCACCAAGGCAUAAUGUAGUUGUAGGGCGAAACGGCUCUGGGAAGAGUAACUUCUUUGCUGCUAUUCGAUUUGUGUUGUCUGAUGCGUACACCUCGAUGUCGCGAGAGGAGCGGCAAGCCUUGCUGCACGAGGGGGUGUCAGUAACCACGACUCUAUCGGCCUACGUGGAAAUCGUAUUUGAUAACUCUGACAAUCGUUUCCCAACGGGUCAUGAAGAAGUCAUCAUCCGACGAACUAUAGGUCUCAAGAAGGACGAGUACAGCCUUGACAAGAAGAGUGUGAGCAAGGCUGAUGUUAUGAAUCUGCUCGAGAGUGCGGGUUUCAGCAAAUCCAAUCCUUACUACAUUGUUCCUCAAGGCCGCAUCACUGCCUUGACCAAUGCCAAAGACCACGAACGCCUGGCGCUUCUGAAGGAAGUGGCCGGAACGAAAGUCUACGAGCAGCGACGCGCAGAAUCUCUUCGUAUCAUGUCCGAAACCGACUCCAAGCGUCAGAAAAUCAACGAGCUUCUUGACUAUAUCGAUUCACGUUUGACGGAGUUGGAAGAGGAGAAGGAGGAGCUGAAAGAAUUCCAAGACAAGGACAAGGAGCGGAGGUGCUUGGAGUAUGCCUUAUAUUCGAGGGAACUAGAGGAGGUGGGGAAGGCCUUAGAAGAGAUCGAGGAUGACAGAAGGGGAGAGGUCCAUGGGUCGAAUGUUCGAAGGGAGCAAUUCAAUGAGAGACAGAAAGAAAUACAGCGUCUCGAAGCCGAAAUAUCCGAAACUCAGCACUCCCUUCGAACCUCUGGGAUCGCUCUCAAAGACGCGCAAUCCGAACUUACUGACUUCGUUCGCACACGCACAGAGCUCGAAUGCAUUAUCGCGGACCUCCGUGCCGCAAGCACUCGUGCAGGCGACCAGCGUUCUUCUCUUGAAAGCGAACUCAGUCAAAUCGAGAUCAGGCUCGCUGAGAAGGAGGCCGCCUUAGAGGCGUUGCUCCCCGAAUGGACGGAGCAGAAGAACGCCGAAGCGACAGAGAAAAGGAACUUGGACGAGGCCAGUGCUAAGUUGGGCAGUCUCUUUGCCAAACAGGGACGGACGACCAAGUUUCGCACCAAGUCUGAGCGAGACAAUUUCCUUCGCAACGAGAUCGCAUCAAUGGAAGCUUAUCACAAUACACAGCAAACUGCCCUCGAAUCGACGCGCAGGGAACUCGAAACGGCCAGGCGCUCGCAUGGUGAAAUCGACACGCGGAUCGAAGGAGUGCGAGGAAAGAUGGAAGAAGGGCGAAACCGCGUACGGACAUUGAGCGACGAGAUGUCUGUAUUGAAGGAUAAGCAGGCUGAACUGAUGGAGAGGCGAAAGGAGCUAUGGAGGGAAGACGCUAGGCUUGAAAGUUUAGUUAGUCACGCUGGUGAUGAACUACGAAGUGCAGAAAGGGCGCUUGCUGGAAUGAUGGAUAAGGACACUGGGAUGGGUCUCCGUGCCGUUGACAAGAUCACGGAACGGUUUGGCCUCGACGGAGUUUACGGGCCUUUGUAUCGUUUGUUCGAAGUUACGGACCCAACCUUCAACACGGCUGUUGAACUCACAGCGGGAAACAGUUUGUUCCACGUUGUAGUCGACACCGAUGACACGGCCUCCAAGGUCCUCGAUGUCAUGCUCACAGAGAAAACUGGUCGUGUCACAUUCAUGCCCCUGAAUCGCCUCAGACCCAAAAAUCCACCGCACCCUCACUCACCCGACGCCAUCCCAUUGCUCGAAAAAAUGAACUACGAUCCCUCCCACGACAAGGCAUUCCAGCAGGUAUUCGGUAAGACCUGCGUUUGUCGCGACCUCACAAUUGCUGCAGCGUAUGUCAAAAGUCACGGCAUCAACACGAUCACGUUAGACGGAGACAAGGUCGACCGAAAGGGUGCUUUGACUGGUGGAUAUCAUGACAUUCAACGGUCGCGUAUUGAGGCAAUACGAAGCGUGACUAAUUGGCGAACGAAGCAUUCCGCCGAGGAGAGGCGGUUGAAAGAAGUCAAGGCGGAGAUAGUCAAGCUAGAGCAGGAGAUCACUCAAGUUACGGGUCAGAUGGCUGUGCUCACGGGGCAGCAGAAUCAGAUUCGAGACGCAAGGGAGAGGUAUAUGGAUGAAGGAAAUUCGCUCACCAAGGAGAAGGAGAAGUUGGCUGAGAGAAUCAAGAAGAUGGAGAGCGAUGUCGAGGAAAUCGAGAGUGAACUGAGUAAUCUGAGUGUAAAGGUGCAGGGUUACCGACAGGAGCUGGGUUCCCCGAUGACGAAAGGUCUGAGCGAGGAGGAAGAGGAGCUCAUCGUUGAACUCGGGAAAGAGGUGGAAGGCAGACGAAAGACGCUUGUCGAGUUAAGUAAGAAGCGGAACGAGCUGGAGGGCAGGAAGAAUGCAAUCGAGAUCGAACUGAACGAGCGUCUUCGUCGUUUGAAGACCGAUCUACAGGCGAAGCUAGAAUUUUUCGGGGAAGCCGACGACGAAGAUUCGGCCUCAAUAAACGAUCUGGAGGCUCGUUCGCGAGAACUCAAGACUUUGACUCAAUCCAUCCAAACACUGACUAAGAAGACCCAAACUAUGGAAAAGGAGUCCGAAAGGCUUACCGCCACUCUUCAAGAGCUCAAAGCGUCCUUGGAGCAGGUGCAGAACCAGCAGGCGGAGGAUAGUCGUGGCAUCGCUAGGCAGCAGAAGAUGACCGAACGAUACAUGACUAAGCGGAGUACUCUAAUGCAGCGCAAAGAAGAUUGCAAUCGGAGCAUCAGGGACUUGGGCGUUCUCCCGGAAGAAGCGUUCGAGAAAUAUACUUCAGAGAAACUAGAUCGUGUAGGGAUUUCCAUCUUGCUCUAUCCCUUCGCGCUUGUACUGAGAUAUACACUGCAGCUCGUCAAAAAACUCCACACAGUUAACGAAGGGUUGAAGAAAUUUGCUCAUGUCAAUAAGAAGGCUUUCGAGCAGUACAACAAUUUCACCAAGCAACGUGAUCAGUUACUCACUCGACGAGAAGACUUGGAUAAAUCCGCGGGCUCGAUCGAAGAGCUUGUGGAGGUUCUUGACCAGAGAAAGGAUGAAGCUAUUGAAAGGACGUUUAAACAAGUCGCUAGCAACUUCGAAGAGGUCUUCGAGAAGCUUGUCCCUGCUGGUCGUGGGCGAUUGAUCAUCCAACGACGAAUUGAUCGAGAUGAAGAAAUGGACGAAGACGAGGAAGCUCCGCAAAGCACGAUAGACAACUAUACCGACUUUCUCAAGGUCUCGUUCAACUCGAAAGUCGAUGAAGGUCUCCGCAUUCAACAGUUGUCAGGAGGACAGAAAUCGUUGGUAGCCCUUGCAACUGUCUUCGCCAUUCAGAAAUGUGAUCCAGCGCCGUUCUAUCUGUUUGAUGAGAUUGACGCCAACCUCGACGCUCAAUACCGGACCGCAGUAGCUUCUAUGAUCCAAUCACUAUCUUCGACCGCUCAAUUUAUUACUACCACCUUCCGACCGGAGAUGCUUGUUUCUGCUGACAAGUUCUACGGCGUCUUAUUUAAUAACCAAAAGGUGUCCUCAAUAAGAGCUAUCAAGCGAGAAGAAGCUAUGGAAUUCGUUGAUCAGGAGGCUCAGGCGCAGUGA